AUGCGCGCGACGAAAGCUUUCUUGAGGGCCAUCCCGCUAGGGAUGCGCUCCGUCGCAUGGGUAACAAACCGUCCGAAGAGAGGUUUCAACCUUCAGACCAUAUAUCUCGACGAGGUGCGAGACGACGAGGUGCUCGUUGAGAUGAAAUACAGCGGAAUCUGCCACACGGAUAUCAUGGUCUCCCAAGGCGUCCUAGAUAUGGUGGAAUUCCCCGCAAUAUUCGGACACGAGGGAGCUGGCGUCAUACGGGCCAUUGGCGAGAAAGUGAAAGACAAGAACCUGUCGGUAGGGGACUCAGUCGUGCUAUCGUACAGCACGUGUAAUACAUGCCCAGCUUGCAACCGGGGCCAACGGUACUUCUGCCACUCGCAUGCGUCUGUCAACCACAAUGCCGUCCGCUUGUCCGACCGGACGACGCCGGCGCGUUUGGAAGACGGGACACCUGUCAGAGCGCAGUACUUCGGACACUCCUCCUUCGCGAAGCACUCUGUUGUCCACGAAGAUACUAUUGUCAAAUGCAACUACCCGGAAUCUCUCAAGAAGUUCGCGCCUCUGGGCUGUGGCUUCCAGACAGGAGCUGGCUCUGUGCUGAAUGUCCUGAAUCCUCCCCAGCACAGCAGCGUCGCAGUAUUUGGCCUGGGAACCGUGGGGCUUGCUGCGGUUAUGGCUCUGAAACAUCUCGGUGUACGGCAGGUCAUUGCCGUUGAUAUGAACCCGAGAAGGCUCGCCCUCGCGCUCGAGCUGGGGGCGUCUCGGGUUAUCAAUGGGAGCGAGACCAAAGAUGUAGCCCAAGCCGUGCAACAGUCGGUGCAAGAUCAGUUGGACUACGCGAUCGAGUGCACUGGCAGUACAGCAGUCAUGGAGAGCUGCAUCGAUGCCGUUGGAAAUCAAGGCAGGGUGAUCAGUCUCGGUGUUCCGAAGCCUGGCUCGACCGUAUCCCUCGACGCUCUCAGUGUUUUGCUGCAAAACAAGUCUUACCAGGGAAUAAUUCAAGGGGCGGCGAAUCCUCACGAGGUUGUGAAGCCCGUCAUCUCCUGGGAGGAUGUGCCUAUAGAGCCAUAG